CUGAUUUUCGUUCAAAACGUGUCAUUCUUGUCAUUCUUGCAACGUCGUAUUUGUACGUAUUUGUAGUAAUUUUCUGAGUGCACUGCAUAGUAUUUAGACGUGAAUGGUUUUAUGUAAUCCUCUUGUAUUGAUUGACAGGAGUUGUGUGUGAAUGGAGUGAACGGAUAUGAAUUAAAACACGUUUUAUCUAAACGCCAUUACGGCGUACGCCACGUUUUUAGUCCCGCGAGAAAUAAGUUGACGUGGCAUAAAGUUAUGACCCGACAAUAAUGGUAAUGUUGUAUUGAAAUAUAUUCAUACAACAUGACAUGCGAAAAUGGUGAGAGAAUGGAAUGAAAAGAUACGAAUAGGUCUCUUAUGUUUAACAUGGUACUCAAUAAGUUCUCUCAACAAUAUUAUCAACAAGAAAUUGCUAACUCAGUUUCCACACCCGAUUUCGUUGUCCUUAAUACAUCUUUUUUCGUCUGCUGUCUAUCUCGGCCCGCUUCUUGAUGUUUGGAAGGUUCCUGGGCAGCAAAAGAUACCAUCCAGGACGUUUUUUCAACUAAUUGUUCCCUUGGGUUUGGGCAGAGUAUUCGGAUCUGUGUCAGCCCAUGUUACAAUAUGGAAAGUUCCUGUCUCAUAUGCUCAUACAGUAAAGGGAAUGAUGCCAAUUUUCACUGUGAUAUUAUCCAGAAUAAUAAUUGGAGAGAAGCAUUCAUGGAAGGUUUAUCUUUCCCUCAUCCCAAUUAUAUGUGGUGUUGCAAUUGCAACAAUGACAGAAAUCUCCUUUCAUAUUGUUGGACUUAUAAGUGCUUUGAUGUCAACUAUUUGUUUUGCUUUACAAAAUAUUUAUUCAAAAAAGGUUCUAGAAACUUUAGAAAUGAAUCACCUCAGAUUAUUAGUAGAAAUAUCAAAAGUUUCUGUUAUAACUAUUAUUCCAUUCUGGAUUUAUUAUGACUAUGUCCAUGUCAUGAAGUUAACAAAUUUAAAUGAUGAAAAGAAUGAUGCAUUUUGGAUUUUGGUCUCGCUGCUGGUCAGUGGUCUCCUGAAUUUUGCCCAAAGUAUGGUGUCGUUUACAGUUCUUAGUCUUGUCUCACCGCUAAGUUAUUCAGUUUGUACAGCUGCAAAGAGGAUUUUAGUUAUUACAAUUUCAUUGCUGGUUCUUAAGAAUCCAGUCACUAUUGUGAAUGUUUAUGGAAUGAUGAUAGCAAUUCUUGGUGUGUUAUUUUAUAAUAAGGUAAAACUUGAUGCACGAAAAGCGAAGGGAUUGCUAUUGCCAGUGACCGCAAGGAAGCGAUCUAAUUUAUAUUUAAAUUACAAUGGAAAUGUUCACGAGUAUUGAUAUAUAUACCUUAGUCCUUAGACUUAGUGUAGUAAUGUAGUAUAUUCUUUAUAAAUAAAUAAAUAAAUAAAGUUCUAUUUACGUUGUCGACGUAUGUAAGUGUAUAAACAGAUAUUUUCUCGGAGCGGGAAUGAUAAUUGAGCCUUUUGAGGUAAAUUUAUAGUAAGUUAGUUGCAUAAACAGACAAACUUCUUUAUUUUGUUUUUCUCUUCACUUUAUAAACUAUAAAGAAUGACUUUCUUACAUGAAAGGGGCAAUUAAAUUAAUAAGGACAUAUCAUCCGGCAUUGGCAGCGCGUUAGGAGUCUUCAUGCAUGUAUGCUGGCCCAGGUGUGAAGCCAGGAAGCGAAUAACAUAAUGAAAGUAAUUUUUUCUA